GGCGCGCAGCGGCUGUUUCCGACCUGAUAAAGCGGCGUUGUCCCCGCGCGCUGGCCGCAGCCUCGCAGCGCUCCCUCAGUGCCCGCGUCGCUGACUGACGGACCCGCCCGCCCGGCCGCCGCCGAGGGCGCAGCCGCCGCCCGGACGCCCCGCCGCCGCCCCGGUGCGCCCGGGGCCCCGCACCCCAGCCGCCAGCUAGCCCUACCAGCCCCGCUGCCCCGGCCGGAGGAGACAGAUCCUCUAACCGCUCGAUGGGGAGUCACAGAAGAUCACCUGUGUGUGUCAGCUCCCUGCCUCUCUGUAGCAAGAGAAGUGACUGCAGCGCCUCCACAGUCAUGAUGAUGAAACUGGUAUUAACUGAGUGGCCCUUAUGGAUUUUUAACUCUAAUUCACAGUGAGCCAGCAAGCCAUAUGUUUACAGUCCAACCAAAAACCCUUCUGUGUUGCUGCACGUCUUGAGUGAAAAGUUGAGACACCUGUUGGUACAAAGUGGAAUAUAAGAGUUACUUGCCGAGGAAUACAACACCUGCAGCAGAACGAGAAGACGUCUUAAUUUAUCGUUGGAGAGAGAUGAUAGUAUUAUUUAUAUAGGUAGAAUAAAUAUAUAUAUAUAUAUAUAUUUUGGUGGUAAUGAAAAUGGCUCCGCAGAAUGCCGACUCGGAAUCUAUGCAAGUACAAGAGCUGCCUAUGCCCCUACCGGACCCUCAGAAACCCAGACACCCAGAGGGUGAGACCCAAGAGGAGACCAUCAGUGAGGGGUCCAUAGACAGAAUCCCCACACGCCUGUGGGUCAUGCACGGGGCAGUGAUGUUUGGCAGGGAAUUCUGUUACGCCAUGGAGACAGCACUGGUCACACCUAUACUGUUACAAAUAGGCCUCCCUGAGCAGUACUACAGCCUCACCUGGUUCCUGAGCCCCGUCCUCGGCCUCAUCUUCACACCGCUUAUUGGCUCUGCAAGUGACCGGUGUACCCUGAGCUGGGGCCGCCGGCGGCCCUUCAUCCUUGUGCUGUGUGUGGGGGUCCUCAUCGGUGUUGCACUUUUCCUCAAUGGCUCUGCCAUCGGUCUGGCGCUCGGCGAUGUUCCCAACCGGCAGCCCAUUGGCAUUGUUCUCACGGUGCUGGGAGUAGUGGUCUUGGAUUUCAGUGCCGAUGCAACUGAGGGGCCCAUCCGUGCCUACCUGCUGGAUGUGGUAGACAGUGAGGAGCAAGAUAUGGCUCUCAACAUUCACGCCUUCUCUGCUGGCCUUGGUGGGGCUGUUGGCUACGUGCUGGGUGGGCUGGACUGGACACCAACCUUCCUAGGUGACUGGUUCCGCACACAGAACCAGGUGCUGUUCUUCUUUGCUGCCAUCAUCUUUUCAGUGUCAGUGGCCCUGCACCUCUUUAGCAUUGAGGAGGAACAGUACAGCCCACAGCAGGACCGCAGUCCUGAGGAUGCCACCCUGCCCAGCACCAGUGUCCAGCCUAGUGCCCCAGCCCCUGCUAUCCGCCUCAGCUCCCUCGGUGGGGGUGUGCAGGACGGCAGCCCCCUGUUCCCAGAUGAGGUGCAGUCAGAGCACGAACUGUCCCUGGACUACCUCGACGUGGACAUCGUGCGCAGCAAGAGUGACUCGGUGCUGCACAUGCCUGAUGCCACCCUGGACAUGGAGCCUGAACUGCUCUUCCUGCAUGACAUAGAGCCCUCCAUCUUCCACGAUGCUUCCUAUCCCAGCACCCCCCAGAGCACCAGCCAGGAGCUCCUGAGGGCCAAGCUGCCCCGCCUGUCUACGUUCCUCAGGGAGUCCACCAAGGAGGACGACACCUUGCUUGAUAAUCACUUGAAUGAAGCUAAAGUCCCAAAUGGGAGAGGUUCCCCACCAAUGGAUUCACUCAGUAACCGCUCUAAAGUGGACUUGAAGCCCUCAGUCAUGUCUGGUUCCAUGAGGCGGCGUAGGCACAUGUUCCACAGGCAUGCUUCUAGCACUUUCUCCUACUAUGGUAAGAUUGGGUCCCACUGCUACCGCUACCGCAGGGCCAAUGCAGUGGUCCUGAUCAAGCCAUCGCGAAGCAUGAGUGACCUGUAUGACCUGCAGCAGCGGCAGCGAUCCCGGCACCGCAACCAGAGUGGGGCCACUGCCUGCAGUGGGGACACAGAGAGCGAGGAGGGCGAGGCGGAGACCACUGUGCGCCUGCUAUGGCUGUCCAUGCUGAAGAUGCCCAAGGAAUUGAUGCGGCUCUGUCUCUGCCACCUACUCACUUGGUUCUCUGUCAUCGCAGAGGCUGUCUUCUAUACUGAUUUCAUGGGCCGGGUUAUCUUCGAAGGAGACCCCCAGACCUCCAACUCCACCUUAUGGCAUAAGUACAAUGCUGGCGUGAAGAUGGGCUGCUGGGGCCUGGUCAUCUACGCUGCUACUGGUGCUAUCUGCUCAGCCCUGCUACAGAAGUACCUGGACAACUAUGACCUGAGCAUCAAGAUCAUCUAUGUGUUGGGGACGCUGGGUUUCUCCGUGGGCACUGCUGUGAUGGCUCUAUUUCCCAAUGUCUACGUGGCCAUGAUCACCAUCAGCACCAUGGGCAUCGUCUCCAUGAGCAUCUCCUACUGCCCCUACGCCCUCCUAGGGCACUACCAUGACAUCAAGGAGUACGUCCACCACAGUCCAGGGAACUCCAAGCGUGGAUUUGGCAUUGACUGCGCCAUCCUCUCCUGCCAGGUCUACAUCUCCCAGAUUCUGGUUGCAUCUGCCCUUGGAAGUGUGGUCGACGCUGUAGGGACUGUCCAUGCCAUCCCUGUGGUAGCCUCCGUGGGCUCUUUCCUGGGUUUCCUGACAGCCACAUUCCUGGUGAUCUACCCUGAGGUGUCAGAGGAGGCCAAGGAGGAGCAGAAAGGCCUGUCCUCAGGGCCUGCUGGUGAAGGCGAGGGUGGAGCAGGCAGUGAGAAACCCACUGUGCUGAAGCUGUCUCGGAAGGGGGGCCUGAGGGGAUCCGUGGAGACAGAAUCCAUGGUGUGAGCCCCAACUGGCACAUUCCACAGCAGAGGGCAGGGUGGACUGGGGGCUGUGCUUGCCAACACUGUGUGAGCUGGAGUUCCUUCCCAGAGCGCAGUUCAAGUUUAGUAGGUGUUAGGUGUAGGGUAGGUUUGAGCUAUUAGGCAAAAAUAUCACACUAAUUACCUUUCCCACAAUUAAAAAAAAUCAUUUGAAAUCUUUUUUAUUGAAAAACUUAAUUUCAGCUGUCUUUUAUUCUGCAGGUAUACCAUUCUGCAUGUUUUAAAUUAUGAAACAUUCACAGCAUAGUCAAUAAGCAAUUAGAAAAUGCAAGGGUCUGCAUUUCUAAAACAGUAAUUGAACAUGCAGAAGCUCCGACUCCCUUGGAGGUUGUCGUCUGAAGGCAGCAGACAGCAGUGCAGUGUCCAGAUUGCCCGGCAGGUGUCUGGGGGCUCCUCAGCAUCCUGCUGGCACUGCCUUGCCUCAGAGCAGUUUUCUCUGUUUAUUUUAGAAACGGUAUUUUCUUUUUUACAACUGUGGUUUUCUUAGAACAGCAUCUCUAGCGAACUGGGCCCGCAGACCUGUGCAUAGCUGUCAGUGCCUGAGACCAUACACCAAAGCUGGGGAAGGGUCCCAGAGUCGUUUGAGCAAGAGGCAGCCAUUCCCCAGGGCAGCCUCCAGACAUCCUGCCCAGAGACAGCACAAAAUCAGGACAGGAGUGCAGAAUGCGAAUUCCCAUUGUGCCUCCUGCAUGCUUGUGUGUGAGUUUGUCUGUGUCCAGUCUCUACCCACACGGUCUUCCCCAGAAGACCACAGGGCAGCUGUUGGCUCUGCGUGACACUUCAGUUUGUCUCUACAUAAUCUUUGGGAAUCCAGGAACAGAGCUCCAGGCAAUCACUGACUCCCGAGUCCUGCUGCAAGGCUACCUCGAGAGUGUGGGGAAUAGGGCACGUGAGGGUGCCGAGGCCUACCUCCCUGCCACAUUGGUGACAUUGGUCCUCGCUGGAACCUAACUGAAAUCUUGUGACCUCAUCACCUGCUCCUGCUGAUGGUCACUGAAUGGGAAUGAAGGCAAAGAGAAGCAAGUAUCUGCCUGGGCAGGAGAGCUGUGACUCAAGAGCCCGGCGCAGUUUCCAGUCUCUGCAUGUGAGCAAAACCCGGGCCUCAGGGAAGCAGGCUCCUCAAAUGCUGCAGCUGUGGGAAAAUCCUUUUCAAACCACGAUCUCUGUUAAAAACUCCACAGUCCUGUCUCUUGGCUUGUGAGACCAUCAGUCUGCGCUCAGGAGAGGGGAGGUCCUCCCUGGAUGAAGUCAAACCCGUGCUCUUGCUGCCUCGAUUGAUGUUUUUACAUAAAGUGCAUGAGAAUCAUGCUGCAAUAUGAGCAUUCUAAAGCAAAUAUAUAUACAUAUAUAUUUCAAGAUGAAAGUAAGCCGUUUUUAAAUAAAUUACUUGAAUUUUCUGUGUAUUCAAAGGAAUGCUAUGUUUAACGUUCUUGGCAGGCCUGUCUUGCCACAUUCCCACACUGGUGGCGCUUUGUAGUUUGUAGUGUUUUUGUGUCUGGAGAGCAGAGGUGUGUACUCAGGAUACCUUCCAUCUGCCUGGGUCCUCCCUCAAGCCUAGGCCUACAGAGGACUGGCCCCAACUUCUAGUGUUUUCUGUGUUGCCAGUUGAGAACAGAAUUGCAAGUCUCCUGCUUAGAUGGGAGAAGUUGGACUGCCAAGCACAGUCCCCACACUGAGCCCUCCAGCCAGCCAAGCCCCAUCAGCCGAUGCUCUGUCCCUCUGGGGAAGCAGGCACCUCUGGACUCCUCUCUUCAGUUAGUGUCCUUGGCAGGUCGUCCCUGUGCAACUUAGUUUCCUGUGGGGGUUUUAAGAGGGUAACCCUUCCUCCUGAGACUUCUGGUCCGUGGUACGGACCUCUGUUUUCACGCAUCCUGCCUUCCCACCUUGCCAUAGCAGGACAGAAGAAGGCAGGAGUGCAGAGAACACUAAGUUGGCAAAACCUGGCCCAACCCAAACUCUGGAAUCAUCAUAUCAAGUGUGGGUCUAGGAAGGUGCAUGCUGCUCACAGCACCCCACCCAUGCUGAGGCUCGGGAUGCCGACCGUGCUUACUGAAGCCGAAUGUCAGGAGAUUUGGGUCUAGUAAGAGACCAGACCCACAGGAGGAAGAGAGAUGGGAUCACCACGUGCAGUCUGCCAGCCCUUGAGGUGCUAGCCUCCACUCACCAUGAUCUGAAGGAACACAAAAGACACUCUGUGAUCAUGGCACAGGCCUUGGCAGAACCACUGGUAAAAUAUUGUCACCUUAGAUGAACAGCCAGAAACAUGGCUGUUGUUGUCAGGUGAGGCUGCAUGUCUGGUAGUUUUAAAGACCUGAACCUGUUAGGUGUUUGCAUCGGAAUCCAGCUGUCUGUGGGUGUGGCCCAGGUGAGGUUGGGCCGAGACCCUAGGGUAGCAGCAGUGUUGGUUUCUGGGCUUCCUUGCAGAUAAAGUGAGCCAUGGGCCUCAAGGUGGAUGUGUCUCAUCUGGGGUAGACCAAUAGCCAGAUCCUUUUGCCUAGCCCUUUUCUUGCUGAGAGGUUGUUCUGAGAUUGCCCCAUGGACAGCUGUCAGGGCCACUGAUUGUGUAUUAAGCCAAGGGAGGAGGGCUGGCAAGUGACAUCGAUGCUUGUAUUGCUCAGAGCAGCCCAGGCAUUUCUGUUUUUUGACCUGGGCUGUCAAUCCAGCCUCCAUGGGUAGUGCGGUCCCAGAGAGAACACCUGAGUAGCUCUUUUGUGAGAGGAAAGGUGAUCACCUGGGCCUAGGGGAUGGAAGGGUCAAGCAGAUGCCCAUUUGUGGCCAGAGCUGAGGCUGCAACAUGGAGUUAGCUUUGUAAUGCCUUGGGGCCUGGACUACAUGAAAGCACCAUGCGGGUUUUAGUGGGAAUCCUUUGGUCAAAGGCCAUAGAAUGCACGCAGGUUACUAACAGAAGGGAUUGAUGAUGGUCUGAACCCUGCUUUUGAUGCCUGUCAAAGUCAACUCCAACCGUUGUUUUAAGAGAGGCCUCUUAAGAUAUGAGGCCCAAGUUUGCCUGUGCCAGAGUAUCAGCUGGUAGGAAAGGGUCCACAGCCUACUUCCGGCUGGGGCAGAAUAGCAUGACGGCACUCCUGGUGUCUGGAAAGCUGGCUAUGGGACAUUGUUCUUAGCCUAAGAUCUUAGCUGGAACAUCCAGUCCUGCUGAGAGGUCUACACCCUCAGGCUCCCACCCUAGAGAUGCUCAGGGCCCUGUGAGGGCUGAUUUGGGAAAAGUUGGGAGGGAGAGGGCAGGACCUGGUUGGUAACAUCCUGGAGUGGUCAAGAUGUUGUAGAAGGUGCUUGUAGCCCCUCCCCCCCCACAACAGCAGCCAGGGCGCCCAUUGUCUUAUCUCCCUUCUGCCACUGGCUUGUGCAGCCACCCGGAGCAGAUGGCUCCCUUUGUUUGCAGUCAGUGGUCGGUGUGCGGCAGCCAUGGCCACAUUUGCCACAGGUCAGUGUUACGGGACACCAGCUACUGAGACUGGACACUCCUCAACCUCACACACACCAGAUGCCACGACUUCCCAGCUGUUCUGCUUCUACCCGAGCCUCUGUCUUCAGCCACUGACCAACACCUGGUGUGCGCAGGUGAAGCCACAGACGGGUCCUCCUCCAGCGGCUGUCACCAGCAGUGGGCUCACCCCUGUGCCUGUGAGCCUGAAAACAGUGCUUCCGAGAGUGCCUGGGGACUGCCCAGCGGAGCAGCCUUGAACGGACCUCAAUGUGGCAAGCAAGGGAUGCGCGCUCAGUAGCUCUUGUCACCACCUCAUGAAAAGCUAGCAUGGCCAUCAGGGCUGAAGCCCGAGAUGGCCCCUUAGAUGGCAACCCUUGGGCCUCUAGGAGACCUUAGCUUCCUCUGGCAGCCCCAGCUGUGCGCCCCCCCCCCCCCAACGCCUGACAAAGGGACGUGGAGCGGGAAGCACGGUUGUUGGAAAGGCCUCGGCACAGGGGCGCUCCCCAGGCGCCUUGGAACAGAACUAUUUAGUUCCUUUGUGAACUGGAAACAGGACCACUGUUAUCAACUUAUUAAAGUUGGAGCACUGUAAUAGCUCUUGCUGAUUUUAGCAAUGGUUAAGUGUGUGUUAAACACAUGUUACAUUUUAUGAGGAAACAGAUUAUAAGAGUACUAUCACACAUGAUUUUGUUUUUUAUAAGGUGGAUGUUUAUGUCUGCUUCUGUCCAGAGCCCUGGGGCUUUGUCUGUUCUUUGUCACAUGCUGGGCCACUGGUCCCUGUAUACAGUGUGGUGUAUAUGGCCUGACUUCUUCCUGCCAGGCCAGUGCCUCCCCUGCCUCUAUUGCUGUUACGCUGUGGUUGACUCAAUAAACGUUAUCAUUGCAGGUGA